AUGCCACAACAUAUUGCUAAGGGUAUAGCACUGGGCCAGGUUGAUCCAUUCACGCAGCUACCUUUCCAGGCCGAGGGUGUCACUCCUAAGUUGGCUGUUGAUGCUAUUUCCCGCCCCAGAAGUUUCAAACCGGAAAAUCUGAAGAAAAAGCUUGAGUUGCCAGUCCAGAAAAACCUUCUCACUAAGUAUUUCUGCUUUGCAACACUUGAGGCAAAGAGAAAAUUCAAGGCUCCGAGGAUAUCACCAAUGUCUCUUACCUCAACAGAGGAGUCUCCAAGCACUCCUGAGGAUAAUUCAACAGAUGUGGAUGCUCCUUCGAGUCAGACAACAAAUGAAUCCCCGGUUUACAGCUUGGAUGAGAAUACUAGCAAAGUUGCAGAGAAAAGAGAGUCACCUGACUAUGAUGGAGUAGAAAGGAAUCAUAAGUUCGUUGAACAGCAAGUGGAGAGGCAGAAAAAGACGAAGACGGAUAGUGUGAAUGUUGUAGUAAGAAGCAAGUAUUUCAAGCAGAAGCAGGACAAAAGUCUUAAACAAUCUCUCCCAUGUCUCAAUGAUUGCACUGUGAUCGGUCAGAGAAAGACUGUUAAUACUGUGAUAAACAAGUCAAGCUCGUCUAAGAUAGAAGAGAGUGACAGAGCUAUAGCAACAGAUUCAUGUUUCCAUCAGGAGCGAAUCUACAACGAUCCUGAAGUUGCCAAAGAAGCGAAUAUCUCUGCCAAUAUCGAGGUGGCUGAGAGAAGAACAAGCAUCCAUGAGAUAAACCAUCAGAUCGAUAAAGAAGAACAGAGCCCAUCCGUUGAGAUCCUUUCCACUCUUAGUACUCCCGAGGAUGUUAUACCUCUCAACUCCAUUGGUACUUAUAGUUUUUGUGGAGCUGCAACAGGGAAAAGGAAGUUUGAGCCAGAAGAAAACCUUCAUAAGGAAAAUUUGAACUCCAAGCACAUGCGCAUAGACGAGACUGAUCCUGGUAAUGAAGAAACAUCAUUUGAAACCAACAACGAUGUCGAAAAGUUUGGAUCCAACAUUUCACAUAUAGGGCAGUACUCAGAAAUAGCAGAGAAAUCAGUGGAAAGAUUUGUCUCUGCUAUAUCAUCUUUUAGAUAUUCUGGUUCUGGCUCUCGUGCUAGCGGUCUGCGUGCACCUCUCAAAGAUAUCCGCAACACUUGUCCGUCCAAAGGGUUAUCUACUAAACUGGACUUCAGCAAGUUUGGCUAUACAUCAAGCAGCGCAACAAAUUCAAGGCGAUUGUGA